GGCCACCCGUGGCCGGAGUGGGCCGACUUCCUCGAGAAGCUGCGGGCAAAGGGGUACUUCGUGCGGCCCCCUCUCGCCUCCGGCGCCCCCGUGGGCGAGGAGGUGGCGGCGGAUGCCGUGGGCAAGCCCGACUACCCCUUCAGGGACCAGAACAGGGUGAAGAACGCGUGCCUCAACUUCGCGCGCGAGCGCUUCGAUCUUCUCAGCUCUCUUCCCAAGAAGGAUAUUCAAGCUAUUGUCGAGUGUGGUUGUCCUAAUAUCUUCCGAAAGGCUGUCAGUUCUGCAAAAAGGCUGAGAGAAUUUGUGCAGGUUGACGAAGGAGAUGCAUGCAGUGUUUGCAAAUUACGUGGAUCUUGUGAUAAGGCUUAUGUCAUUCCAAAAGCUGAGGAAGCAGCUCGUACCGUUGAUGUUGUGCGCAUACUGCUAACUUAUGCAAUAGAUCCAGCCACCCUAUCUGGAGAAAAUUCUGUUGGUGGGGGUGUGCAAGAAUCUGCAAGGAAGCUUCUCUCAGAUCUGACUAUGCUUUGUGACACAACAAUUGAUCCAUCUCUUCCUAAACCUGUAAUUCACACUUAUAGCAAGCAGGAUUCAUCAACCAAACCUGACAAGGGCAAACAAUCAUCUAGGGUAUUUGCUGGAAAGGGCAGAGAAACGGCUGUGACUGAAAUGAAGAAGGGUGACUGGCUUUGCUCGAACUGCAACUUCUUAAAUUUUGCUCGAAAUCGUCAGUGUCUCGAAUGCAAAGUAGAUGGACCAAAGAAGAUAGAAGCAGCCACCAGUGAAAUGAAAAUGGGAGAUUGGAUCUGUCCAGGGUGCGCUUUUAUGAACUUCUCUCGCAAUAAGAUGUGUUUUAAAUGUGAAGGACAACGGCCAAAGAGGCAGCUCAACCCUGGAGAGUGGGAAUGCCCCUCAUGUGAUUUUGUUAACUUCCGACGGAACCAGGAGUGCAAAAAAUGCAGCCAUGACCGCCCCGAAGACGAUACCCAGGAUAAUAAGCUCGGAUACGAUGUGUGGAGGAACACCAAGGGAGCUGGCAAGGAUAGAAGCUUUAACUCUGUUCAUCAGGGAGACGACGACGGCGAUGAAGAGGGGUUGCCAUACAAGGGGGAGGACCGCAGGCAUGUAGCGAGCAGAAGGGCGUCACCAGCCCGGAGGGAGUUCGCGGGCAAGAGUAGGAACCAUGGCGACGAAGACAAUGCCUUGCCAUACGAGGGGGGAGACAGGCGUGUGUCGAGCAGAAGGGCCUCACCAGCCCGGAAGGGAUUCGCGAAGAACGACGAUGGCGAUGAGGAUGUCGAAUUCGAUGUCUCGCCAUAUGAUGGGGAGCGCAAGCAUGGAUCGAGCAGAAGGGCGGCGACAGGUCGGAGGGGAUUCACCAAGGAUGAAGACGACGUGUUGCCGUACGAAGGGGCGCGCAAGCAUGUGGUAAGCAGAAGGGCGACCCCAUCCCAGAGGAGAUUCACUGCCGCUAGAGGAGAAUAGGCAGUAGUUAUACACCAUUGAUGCGUUUUCUUGUACUUAGCAGAUAUGAUACCGUAUUGCGCAUAUUUUAGCUGAGCACAAGUCACGAAAUAAUUGCAAUUUUGGCAAAUUACUUCCCUUCUUGGAAUUUAGAAACAAUAUUGACAGCCUCAUGUAUACACUUCUGAUGUGUGAGUUAAUCUGAGUAGUUAAAAACAGCUGUUUCUUGGCGAGGUA